AUGUGGUAUGGGUGGGACUUGCGGACGGGCGGUCAGGACGGGCGGUCAGGGACGGGCGGUCAGGACGGCGGGCAGGACGGGCCCCCCGGUCAGGACGGGCGGGCAGGACGGUCCGGUCAGGACGGUCGGUCAGGACGGGCGGUCAGGACGCGGCGGUCAGGGCGGCGGCCGGUCCAGGGACGGGCGGGUCAGGACGGGCGGUCAGGAACGGGGGCGGCAGGACGGGCGGUCAGGACGGGCGGUCAGGACGGGCGGUCAAGGACGGGCCGGUCAGGACGGGCGGUCAGGACGGCGGUCAGGACGGGCGGUUCAGGACGGGCGGCAGAAGGCCCACAUGCGGAUAGGGCAGUAAACAGAGCGCAGAAUGUGCGUGGGAGGUCGACCUGCUUGCGCGUGAAACGUUGCCCCGGUGCAACGCAGGCCGGCCUUGCCGCGGGCCCCGCCAAACAGCAGCUCGAAGCCACAGCUCGGGCAGCAGCCGCCGCCGGGCCGGCGGUGGCCAGCGCGCCUCGGGAAGUUCCACGGCGGCGGCCACGGCAGAGCGGGUUACGGGUCUCCCACGCGCUCGGGCGGAACAGGGCCUCAGGCAUUCGUUCCAAAUUCUUGUUGUGUAUUCUUGUGCUCUUGGAGGUGCCUCAAGGUGCUUGUGGUGCGUUCUUGUGCUCUUGGAUGCGCCCCAAGGUACUUGUGUGUUCGUGCGUUCUUGGAGGUGCCCCGAGGUACUUGCGUGUUCUUGUGCUCUUGGAUGCGCCCGAAGGUACUUGUGUGUUCUUGCGCUCUUGGAUGUGCCCCAAGGUACUUGUGUGUUCUUGUGCUCUUGAAUGUGCUCCAAGGUACUUGUGUGUUCUUGUGCUCUUGGAGGUGCCCCAAAGUACUUGUGUGCUCUUGGAGGUGCCCCAUGGUACUUGUGUGCUCUUGUGCUCUUGGAGGUGCUCCAAGGUGCUUGUGGUGUGGUCUUGUGCUCUUGGAGGUGCCCCAAAGUACUUGUGUGCUUCUGGAGGUGCCCCAUGGUACUUGUAUGCUCUUGUGCUCUUGGAGAUGCUCCAAGGUGCUUGUGGUGUGUUCUUGUGCUCUUGGAGGUGCCCCAAGGUACUUGUGUGCUCUUGUGCUCUUGGAGGUGCCCCAAGGCGCUUGCGGUGCGUGCGCAGGCGCAAGCAGGCGCUCCAAGGUGCGCGUGGCGUGUGUGCGCAGGUGCUGUACGCGGAGCAGCUGCGCGAGUACCCGCGGCGGCGCGCCACCACGCUGCGCUGCGAGCUGUUCGGGCAGGCGGGCUUCUACGCGCUGGUGGUGCGCGCCGGCCGCCCCACGUCGCGCGCCGUCAUCCACAGCGCGGCGGAGGCCGCCUUCCUCAAGGCGGCGUGGAGCGAGAAGUUCGUGUUCAACGUGCACGCGCGCAGCAUCUUCCCGUGCGACCCGCUGGGCGGGGGCGUGCCCGUGCUCUUCCAGUACCCGCAGUGCAUCCUGGAGCAGGGCGACCGCGUGCGGCUGUUUGCGCGCCUGAGCGCGGACGUGGCGUCUCUGGCGCCGCCCACGUCGCUGCACUACACGGCGGAGCAGCGCGUGACGCGCGGCCAGCACGCGCUGCACUUCCACUGCGACCUCUUCUCCGAGCGCUUCGUCGAGUACUGCUUCGUGUACGUCAGCCAGGCCAUCACGGGCGCCGUCAGCGACGUGCGCGUCGACUGCGUGCCCACGCUGCCCGUGCGCGAGGGCGAGGCCGGCGGGUGGGGCGCGUGGUCGGCGUGGACGGCCUGCUCGUCGACGUGCGGGGGCGGCGUGCGCAGCCGCUACCGCCUGUGCGACUCGCCGCCGCCGCGCUACGGCGCCGCCUUCUGCGCCGGCGCCGCCGUGCAGUCGUCGGGCUGCGGGCGCGGCACGGGCGCGUGGGACUGCCCGCUGGACGCGCCGCCGCGCCCGGCGCCCGGCGCGCCGCCGCUGCUGGCCGAGCGGCCCGAGGUGCUGGCGGAGGUGGGGCCCGGCUGUCGCUGCGGCUGCACCGUGCACCUGGGCCCGGCCAAGCCGCGCCGCCUGCUCGCCGCCUCCGCCCGCGCCUGCCCCGGCCGCUCCUUCUGGCUCGUGCAGGCGGAGAAGGGCCACGCGGUGCGCCUGGCGCUGCACCGGCUGCGCCUGCCGUGCGCCGCGCAGUGGCUGAAGGUGCGCGACGGCAACUCGCUGGCGGCGCAGAUGGUGGCGCGCCUCACCGCCGCCUCCGCCUCCGCCUCCGCCGCCGCCCCCGGCGCCGCCGCCCCCACGCCGCCGCCGCUGCGCUCCUCGGGCCAGGAGCUGCUGCUCGAGUUCUUCUCCGAGGAGGCCACGGCCGCCGACUGCGACGGCGAGUUCAUCGCGCACGCGCUGCAGAUA